AUGACAUUCGACUUGGUACAACACGUCAAGGCUCGCACUCGCAGUGUGCAUUUUGAUAGAAAUCUAAUGUUCAUGGCAACCACACCUCUCGCCGGAUCAUCGCCAAAGGCCUCGCGGGAUUCCAAGCGAACUAUUAGUUUUCCAUUGAGCCAAGACGAUAAAAGCCUAUCUUCUCCUUCCUCCCCUCGACCCUCGACAUUACGCCACUAUCGCAGUAUGCUUGACGUGGAUAUCCAGGAUCCGCCGACAUUAAGCCCUAUGAAGCCAGUGUCAUUCGACGAACUAUAUGUCUAUUCAGCAACAAUUGGGCCAGCUGGAGACGAACAGAUAGCUAAUGUGAAGCCCAAUCGUCACUAUCUCACAGUCGAGGCUUCUACCAGGGGAAACCCUCGCAACACAAGUUCGGAUUAUUCACCGAGUCAGGCUCCUCCUUCUUCUCCCGGCAGCGAAUCUCCAGCGUUGGCUCCUUCUGCCUCGCCCGCCAAUGUUCCAUCCCAGGCACCUCCCCCGACGGACAACAGAAACAUUGUCCGAAGAAAGCUUACUGGCUAUGUCGGUUUUGCUAACCUACCCAACCAAUGGCACCGAAAGAGUGUUCGUAAGGGAUUCAACUUCAACGUGAUGGUUGUUGGUGAGUCUGGCUUGGGCAAGUCUACUCUGGUCAACACUCUGUUCAACACCUCCCUGUACCCCCCCAAGGAGCGCAAGGGACCUAGCCUCGACAUUAUUCCCAAGACUGUUACUAUCCAGUCCAUUAGUGCCGACAUUGAGGAGGCAGGUGUUCGUCUCCGCCUGACCGUUGUCGAUACACCAGGUUUCGGCGAUUUUGUCAACAACGACGAGUCCUGGCGCCCUAUCGUCGACAACAUCGAGCAGCGAUUCGACUCUUACUUGGAUGCUGAGAACAAGGUUAACCGUAUGAACAUUGUUGACAACCGUAUUCACGCAUGUGUCUUCUUUAUCCAACCCACCGGCCACUCCCUGAAGCCUCUUGACAUUGAGGUCAUGCGCCGACUCCAUACCAAGGUCAACCUGAUCCCCGUCAUCGCUAAGGCUGAUACCCUUACCGACGAGGAGAUUGCUGCCUUCAAGUCACGAAUUCUCGCCGAUAUCAAGCAUCAUGGCAUCCAGAUCUUCGAGGGACCUCGAUACGAGCUUGAUGAUGAGGAGACGAUCGCUGAGAACAACGAGAUCAUGUCCAAGGUUCCCUUCGCUGUUGUUGGUGCCAACAACGAGAUCACAAGCGCCGAUGGUCGCAAGAUUCGCGGUCGCGCCUACCCUUGGGGUAUCAUUGAGGUCGAUAACGAGGAGCACUGCGAUUUUGUCAAGCUUCGACAAAUGCUCAUCCGAACACACAUGGAGGAGCUCAAGGAGCACACCAACAACCAACUCUACGAGAACUACCGUACCGACAAGCUGCUCGCCAUGGGCGUGUCGCAAGACCCCAGCGUUUUCAAGGAGGUCAACCCUGCUGUCAAGCAGGAGGAGGAGCGUGCCCUGCACGAGCAGAAGCUAGCCAAGAUGGAGGCCGAGAUGAAGAUGGUCUUCCAACAGAAGGUAGCAGAGAAGGAGAGCAAGCUCAAGCAAUCCGAAGAGGAACUGUACGCCCGCCACAAGGAGAUGAAGGAGCAACUCGAUCGCCAACGACUGGAGCUCGAGGACAAGAAGCAGCGCGUCGAAAGCGGACGGCCACUAGAGAAGGAAGGCAAGCGAAAGGGUUUCUCUCUUCGCUAA